ACUGUCCACACCUGGGGUUUGGCUGGCCAGGUGACCUGGUCCUCUGUGUUGGCAUGGCCCAUGUGAAGAAAUUCCAGGACAUUACCAUGUCAAAGUCCAUGAGAGGGAUGUGUAAAGAGGAGGACUAUGAAUUUCUGGGAUCGACGAGGAAAACAGAGCACCUGGCAAUGCCGGAGGAGCCAAACACUCUGGAGAACGAGUGGAAGGAUAGACGAGAGGAGAGGGUCCGUCGGCGGCAGGAGCGAGAGCGGCAGGAACAGGAGAGACAGCGAGAGCUGGAGGAAAGCAAGAGGGAGAAGGAGCUGCAGUGGAGAACUCACAUAGCAGAGCUGGCGUCCACACAAGAACAGGCCCUCCAAGACCGACUGUCACGGCUGAGGAGGUUCAGGGAGUUCCAGAGGAAGGUUAUGGUAGAGGAGCUGGGUGUGGAACCAGAGUCUAACUGUGAGGCUGUGGACCAGCUGCUCACCAGGAUGUAGACCUACCCAACCAUCUCGUCUUCUUCUUCUCUCUCUAUACGGGCAGCUCUGUCUAACCCGUAGGGUGAAUUGGGGUAAUCUGGGACAAUGGGUAAUGUGGGACACCAAACUCCAGAGCGUUUUCUUCCCUGCUAUGACAAUGUCUAGUCCACAGAACUUUGACUCUAGGUUUAUCCUGGAUGUUAUGUGACUGAAAUCACGAAACGUGAUUGGUGUGGUGUCACAGACAGGGUCAGGGCUCUAGUUAAUCAAGAAGCUUCGAUGAGAAAAUGCAUGAGAAAAAAAUCCCAGAUUACCCGAAUUCACUCUUCCCAGCACUGCUGUCUCAAAGCCUGGUAAAUCAGCCGGACCUUUCAGGCACAUAUUCUUAGUUCAUUUAAGCUUACACCGUGUUUGGAUUCAGGUUAUUUUAUGGACUCCCCAAUCAGUAAACUGAGGUUGAUCUUUGUCACUUGGUCUUCGUCACGGCCAUCUGGUGAUUCUUAGUUGUGGUUGACUGGAGGCUGAUCCAAUCGUGGGUGACUAUUUCAACAGCAGUUGUUAAAAAUGCCCCCAUGGUGUCAAUGGUUAAUUCAGCACCAAGCUAACACAGAGCUAAUUCAGCCAGCCUCGUCUCGCAUAGUCUCCGCGCAAACCAACUGAAUCACGCAUUAGCCAGGUGCUUCAUCAUCUGUUGAAAACUCCAGACAGUUCUCUAAUGGAACUGGCAAAACCUUCCUACCCACAGAGAGAAGCUUCCGGAAUUCUGGAAACUUCCAGGAAUAUUGACUCGAGGGGAUUUAAGAAGGUGCAUGUGGCCCUCGUGAACGUGAGUCAUGAUUUGGGGAGUUUCGGGUUCUGCCAUGUCACGUAAGCCAUGCAUAAAUCAAAAUGAGGAAAAGUAUGAUUGUCAAAACAAGAUUAGGGGGUCCAGAAGGCUCGGCGUGGCCAUUUAGGGUAAGUCUGUGGUGGAAGACUGGGAGAAUUCUGAGGGAGGUGAAUGGCUGUGGACCCUGAAAGGCAGGAGGACAAGGGGGAGGGUUCAGCGAAACCUGUAUGUUUCCUUUUCAACACUAAAUCUGGGUUAGUGGAAGAAUGCGGUUGCGAGCGCAGGCGUAGGGAAGAUGGCGUAUGGAGUAGCUAUAGUGGGAGGGUUGACGGGUGUGCGUGUCUGUGUAGAGGGAGGGGCACAGGUGCCAGGUGUGUGUUUGUGUAGAAGGGGGAGGGGAGCGGGAUCUUUGUAAGGUGGAUUUAUUUACACAGAUGUGCCAUGGACGGAGUAGGGUGUGUGUGCUCAUCUAAGCCCUGUGUGUGUGUGUGUGUGUGUGUGCGCGCGUACACUGUAAGGCACUGGAGAGACAGAAAGAGUAACCCAUGUCAAAAAAGAGAGCAAAUUAUUCAUAUUGUAGCAUGGUCUCUCAUCAGGCUGUGGAAGGAGGCCUCCGACAAAAGAUGUUGACAGAGACAAGAACGGGAGGGGGCGGGGGGGGGGGGGGGGGAGAGACAAAGAGACAGGAGGGGAGAAAGAGACAGGGAGAAACAGGUGUCUCCAGUGGUGCAGGUUUGUCAUUAGAGACCAGGGAGGGGGAAAAA